AUGGCUAUCCAAAUUCCCAUCGAUGCGAUCACUUCGCGCUUCGGUGAUCGCUUCAACAACAUCCGCAGCCAAUCCCUGACCACUCGCUUUGCCAACUUGCGCCCUGUCUCCGAAUUCCUCGACGUUAAGCGCCUCUCCAAGCCCGCCAACUUUGGCGAAAUUCAAAGCCGGGUUAACUAUAACCUGUCUUACUUUUCCAGCAACUAUGCCGCCGUCUUUGUCAUGCUGAGCAUCUACAGCUUGCUGAACAACCCCGUCCUCCUUUUCGUCAUCAUCCUCGUCACUUGCAGUCUUUACGGAAUUGGCAAGCUUGGCGGUCGCGAUCUGGAUGUUGGUUUCCGUCGUUUCAAUACCUCGCAGCUCUACACUGCCCUGCUGUGUGUUGCCGUGCCCCUGGGUCUUUGGGCUUCCCCCUUUUCCACGGUGCUCUGGCUCAUCGGCGCAACCGGUGUGACCGUCUUCGGUCACGCCGCAUUCUUGGAUAAACCAAUCGAGAAUGCUUUUUCCGAGGAGGCGGUCUAG